AUGACUUUCUUCAAAAUCGUAGUGGCAAUUGCCACUAUUGCAUUGAUACAAAAUGCUUCUGGAUCACCAUUGAUUCUUGAUGCGAUAGCUGGUGUAAAUCGUGCUGGUGCAAAUGCUGUCCAGCAAGGAUUUGAAGCAAGUGGUGCUAUACCCGGAAACAUAAUCAAAGGUGUGAGCAGUUCAAUAGGCAAUUCAAUAUCGAGCGCUGGUUUCAGUGGAACCGGUGGCAUGGUUCGUGAUGUAGGCGAACAUGCUGGAAAUAUGAAAAUCGAAUACGGUAAAAUGAUGGGCGCUAUUCCCAACGGAUGGGGAAAUAUGGUGGAUAAUGCGGUGAAUACUGCCAACGGAUUCAUUGGUGGCGGUUUAGGCGGAGAUAUUGGAGCUGGAAUUGGAAAUGCUAUCGCCGGUGGAAUAUCAGGCGGUCUAGGAAGUGGUUUAUCUGGCGGUUUAGGAAGUGGAAUAUCAGGCGAUUUAGGAAGUGGUCUAUCAGGCGGUUUAGGAAGUGGUUUAUCAGGCGGUGCAGGAAGUGGUUCAUCAGGCGGUUUAGGAAGUGGUUUAUCAGGCGGUGCAGGAGGUGGAUUAUCAGGUGGUUCAGGUAGUGGAGUAUCAGGAAGCGGUGUUGCUGGUCAAACUGAGGAUGGUUUAACGCUAGGAGUAGGAUCUGGAAGUUUGGCCAAUCAACUUGCCAACGGAAUUGCUAAAUCAAAUCAAUAUGCCAAUGGGCUAUCAAGUGGUAUUGGUGGAGGAAUAGCUAGUCAGUUCGGUAAUGGGGCGCCAAGUGACUCAAGUUACGGAAGUGAUGCAGCUAACCAGGUAUCUAAUGAUUUACCGAAUGGCAUCAAUUCUGGAAAUGACUUAGCAGAUCAAUUUGGCCCAUUAAAUGGAGGUGCAAGCAGUGGUGCUAAUGAUUUAGCAAACGGAGCUAAUACACAAAUUCAAAACGGAUUAGCCAGUGGCAUCGGAUUUGGCAGCGGUUUAGCUGAUCAAUUUGCAAAUGGCCUAUCAAGUGCAAGUCAAAUAGGAUCAGGAAUAGCUAACCAGUUCCAAAACGGACUUUCUGCUGGAAUGAACAUUGCUAAUGGAGUAGCUGACCAAUUUGCAAAUGGCUUAUCCGGCGCAAGUCAGUUAAAUAGCAAUCAGUUUACCAAUGGAUUUUCAAAUGGCUUAAACUUGGCUAAUGGAGCAGUUGAUCAAUUUUCUAAUGCAGCUAACCAAUUACCGAACGCUGGCCAAAGUAGCAUAACCAAUCAAUUACCUGCAGGAAACACAAAUGAAUUUGUAAACAAUACUGCAAAUCAAAUUCCUUAUCCAACAAAUGAUAUUAGUAAUCAAGUAUCCAAUGGAAUAAAUCUUGGUUUGCAAAAUGGUGCCAAUUAUUUACCAACUAAUACCGUUGGUACUGGAUUAUCAUCUGAAUCACAAGCUCAAACAGGUAAAUACUUGGGCGGUGGUAUGUCAGCUGGAUCAAGCAAUCUUUUUGGUAAUGGACUUGCAACUUUAAGUGGUUUGGGCGGUGGAUUUGUAAACGGAAUGGCAAAUUUAGCUCGUGGAACAGGAAAUAUGGUUGCUGAUGGAAUCGCACAAUUUGCACCACCACAAUUUUCGUUUUCCUUAGGAUAA